UCUAAUGCGAGUGUUAUUGUCGUUUCUAUCUGUUAAUGCUGGCUUCAAUGGAUUGUUGUUGUUUAAUGCAUUUCUUUUGAUUCGUUCCUUUGGCAGUGUUCAAGGAAAUGUUCAAGUUUGUCACAGUGUAAUACCACCAAUUCAAGGACUCGAAUAUGAAAACUGCACAAUGGUGUGUAGUUUAAAGUUUCAGCAUGCUGUUUCGGCUAUAACAAGUGAUGAACUGACUUUAUGCGUAAAGAACUCAACUGUAGCAGUAUUUUGUGCCAACCAUGCCGACUGCCGUCAGUAUCACAUUGGAGCGUAUUGUAAAAUGAUUCCUUGUCUAUGUACGGCAAAGACGGGACCUCCUGGAUCAUUUAUAUUUGAUCCAUCUUUUAAGGUGCCACGAUUAAGUACAUGUGUAGUGUCUGCCAAAUAUGUGAAUCCAGACUUGCCAAUUGUACCAUUUCCUUGGAAGACACUUCUUAUUGUUUGUGCCAUCGUUUUUGCAUUUGCUACUUGCCUUAUUUGUUUGCGGUGGCUUUCCCCUAUAAUCAGGUCCAUGCAAGCUAAACGUAACAGUAGAGGUAAUAGGGAAAGGCCAACUGCAACUCAAGAAGAGGCAAACCUGUUUGUUCCGACUAAUCAACAAAGUGAUUCUACCCCGUUUACUUAUUACAUUCCUCAGGGACUGCCGCGGAUCUAUCGAGCCAAUCCCAGAAGGUCUCAACGCAGUAGAAGAGCUUCAUCGAGAGCUCGUUACGCUACUUGCUCUCAAGCUGAGGCUAGCUUGUCUAGGACACAGGCUAAUCAAGAUAAACCACCACCAUAUGAAACAGCAAUUCAGCUUCCUCCACCAACUUACGAAGAUGUAGAAAGAGCUAUUAAUGAAAGUCAAAAUCAAAGUGCAGACAAUUCAACACAGACAAAUAACCAAAGGGUUGAAGGGAAUGCAAGAUUAGAAAGUGUAGCAGAACAUCCUGAUUCAUUACCAACAUAA